AUGGCCCUCCUGGCUCACACCCUGGCACUGCUGGCAAUGACUGUGGCCACCGUGGCCAUCAAGGUGGUGCCCCUGGACAUGGCCUGGGACUCCUUUGAUGACCGGUAUGAGGGCUGUGGCCCAGCCAUGAACGCAAAGUUGCUGGACCUCUACAAUUUUGAGUACCAGAAGAAUCCUCACUUUGCCUGGGGCUGGUAUCAUGCUGAUGCUGAGUGGCGCAAGCGGGGCUCUCCUGUGUCCCCUCUGACAUCCCACUGGCAGGCCGUGGCUCUCAUGGCCUACACGUCGCAGGACAUUUACAAGGACUUCAAUGCAGCCGUGCGCACAGCUGGGCGCUCCCGCUAGGAAUACAGGAAAAACUUCCACUUCAAAACGCUGCAUUUCCUGCUGACUGAUGCCCUGGAGACAUUGAGGCAGGCUCAGAAUGGGCAGUGUCAUCAUGUGUUCCGGGGCGUGCGUGACAUUCGUUUCAAGGCACGGCGUGGUCAGAGUGUCCGGUUUGGUCAAUUCACAUCGACGUCUCCACGUAAAGAGAUUGCUCUGCACUUUGGGACAGACACAAUUUUUGAGGUUCACACAUGCCAUGGCGUGGACAUCCAGCAGUUUUCCAUGUAUCCAGGGGAGGAGGAGGUACUGAUCCCCCCAUAUGAGACCUUCAAAGUCACCAAAGUCACCCGGGAUAGGAAGAGGACAUGGAUCUGGCUCCAAUCCACUGGGACCUCCAGCACAUACAACUGCGAGUGGCAGUCAGGUGACCGCACAGGGGACAGCUCGGGGUGA